GCGGAAUGUUGGUUAUACUGUGAUUUUUCAGCUGUAAAAAUAUUUUCUGAGUCAUUUUUAUUUUGAAAGGGAUUAAACUAUGAUAAAGUAAUAAAAUAGAUUAUGGGUAGUUUUAAAUCUAAAUAUUUUGAUACAAUGGAAGUACCCAACGCUAAAGAAGCGAAAAUACCCAAAUUAUAUGUACCUGUUGAGGAAUUUAAGUUUCACGAUCCUCUUGAAGAUGAGAGCAGCAAUGGGUUAUUUUUGAAUAAUGUCUAUUUUCCAGAGGAAAUUAUAAUAAAAAUUCUUACGUUCCUUCCACCUGAGCAAUUAUUACCUUUAAGUUUAGUGUGUAAAAAGUGGUGUAACAUUAUUAAAUCAGAUAGCCUUUGGAUGGAUGUAUAUAAUAAUCAAUUUCCUAAUAAAGCUAAAAGGUUGCCUUGGUAUGUGUACUACUUAUAUUAUUCAACAGAUAAUUUUAAAAACCUAAUAAAAAAUGGUAAUGGACAGGAAGAAUUUAAGCAUUGGACAAUAUUAACGAAUUUUGGUGAUCAAUUUAGUAUAGAAAAAGUCCCUAAAGGAAGUGAUCCCCUUCCAGAGGGUGUUCCAGAAUUUUAUGGGUAUAAGAGCUGUUUUGCAACCUCAUUUUACGAAUGCAAUAAAAUACAGGUAAUACGUUUGGAAGACAAACGACUUCUUAGGUAUGUAAUAAAUAAGUUUAAGCCCCAUAUUUAUGUAAGUGAAUGGUACUCUGGGAGAUUUGAUUGUGGCUGUGAGUAUAAACUAACAAUUAAAGGUCUUGCUACUGAAAGUAUGCAGAAACCAGUGGAGGAUUUGGCAGAAGAAGAUGAAAAUAAUGGUGAAACUGUUUUGUUUUCUGUUUUAAAACCUGUUGUUAUAAGGCAAUGGGAAGGUAAAGAAUGGAAUAAGAUGGAGAUAAUGGUAGAAGAAUAUGAUAAAUCCCUUAGAACGCUAGUAUUUCAACAUGAAGGUGUCGACACACAAUUUUGGAAAGGACAUUAUGGAAGUAAAAUGGCAGGAGGAGUCGUCAAAUUUCUUUUUGAAAGUAUGCAACCGAUAGAGGAACCUAUUGAGGAGCCUUGUGAUUGAUACAACUACAUGUCAAUUUUCUGCACAGAAGCAGUCAAAAGGAUUUUUAUUUGUUUUCUAUUUUGGCACUUUUAUAAAACUUAUUUAAACUUUCAUUCUAUUAUAUUAUUUGUUAUGUAUAUAGGAAUAACUGAAAACUGUUUUAUAUUUUCGCAGUAUUGUUCACACUAAUACAUGUCAUCUAUGAGAUUUGUUCAAAAAAUACCCAGAAUUUUUCAAUUUCGCAGGUUUGGAAAGUCCAAUUUGUAUUGAAUUUUGUGUAAAAAAUGCCAAUUAAGUGUUAAGAAAAAUAAACAUGUUAUAAAAAAAAACGAGUGGUAUAAGCGUUUCCAAGGUGACCAUUGAAGAUUAUGAACGCCUCAGACGCCCCAGCACAUCUAGAAAUAAUGAAAAUGUAAAAAAGUGAUAGAAAUGAUUAUGAAUGACCGCUGAAUCACAAUCAGAGAAGUCGCAGAUGAAGUUGGCAUAUUAAUUGGCUCAUGCCAUGACAUUUUUUAGAACAUUUUGGGUAUGAAAUGCGUGUCAUCAAAAUUUGUUCCAAAAAUUGUUGAAUUUUGAACAAAAACAGUGGCAAAUGGAAGUUGCUCAGGAUUCACUAAAUGAUGUAAACAACGACUCAGAUUUUCUCAACAGGGUUAUAACAGG